UUACUUUAAAACUAUAUUUAUCCUUCAAAUUAAUUAAAAGAUUUAAAAUUGAUGAAUGUCACCUGUUUCUGAUAAUCUUUUAUUCUACAAGCUUAUGAAGAUGCAUGAUUACCUCAGAAGUUCUACAUACACAAAUGUCGGUCAGUAUGCCAAAUCACCAUGUGGACUGUAGUCAAACUCUUCACUGAACAAAUGUAUUGCAAACUUGGAAAAUAUAGACACACCACAAUACUCUUGUUUGGUUUUUUAAUUGUUCUAAUUUUAUUCUUGUAUUUUAUUUAAUUGACUUUCAAAUGUAUCUUAAUACCUGAAUUAUUUAAGGUAAAUUCUUUUCUCUGAAGUCUUCAUUUGAAUCCAUUAAUAAAUGUUGAUUAUUGUUAAGUGGACAUGAUUAUUUCUGUUGGAGGAAUGAAUGUUGUUUUUUUUUCACAAAGCAUGUUUGACUUUAUAGUGAUGCUUUCAUGUUCAUUUAAAUAAAGUUUUAUAAAAAAGCCUGCUGACCGGUUCCUUGCUGCACCUCCUUCUCUACUUCCUCCUCUCUUCCUCACCUCCUCUUCUUUUCCUCCACCUCCUUAUUCUCCUGCACUAUACCUCCUCCUCCUCCUUCCCCUCACCGGCUCCUCCCUCUCUGCAUCUCGGCUCCUGCUCGUUGAACUCCACCUGUACCGCCUCUGGGUGCCAUGGUAACCACUCUCACAUCAUGCAGUUACCUAGGCGACGUGAUCAGCUGAUCAUCUGUCAGUGUUUUUCUUUUUCGAUCCGUCGUCAGUAACACAGUGCUCGUCGGUGACGUCAUUCUGUUUCCUUCUCGUCCGGGACGUCGGUGAGGAGAGAGAGAGAGAGAGAGAGAGAGAGAGAAGCUGCUGACCAGGCGGAUCUGUAUCCGGUCCUCAUCUCCUCCUCCUCCUCAUCUUCUUCUUCUUCUCCCCUCCUCCUGCUCCUCCUCUUGUUUUUCUUCCUCCUUCGCUCCGCAGCAGCGAUGCUCCCGUCGGGCCUCGCCGGCCGCGGUGCUUCGUGUGCGGGCCGGCAGUAGAUCGGCAGGUCGGUGCAGGUCGCGGCUCGGACAUGGUGCAGAAAUCCAGGAACGGCGGGGUGUUCCCCGGAGCGCAGGCCGACCAGAAGAAGCUGAAGGUCGGCUUCGUGGGUCUGGAGGCCGGAGGGGCCGAGUCCAGCAGAGACGGAGCCAUGCUCAUAGCAGGUGGGGAGGAGGGGCCUCGGCGGCAGCGCAGCAGCGUCUCCGGAGGAAAGAGGCCUCCGAAACGAAACGCUCUCUACAGACGACUGCAGAACUUCCUGUACAACGUCCUGGAGAGGCCCCGAGGGUGGGCCUUCAUCUACCACGCCUACGUGUUCCUGCUGGUGUUGUCCUGCCUGGUUCUCUCCGUGUUCUCCACCAUCAAAGAGUACGAGAAGAGUUCAGAGGACGCCCUCUACAUCCUGGAGGUCGUGACCAUCGUGGUCUUCGGCGUCGAGUACAUGGUGAGGAUCUGGGCUGCAGGUUGCUGCUGUCGGUACAGAGGUUGGAGAGGACGACUCAAAUUCGCCAGAAAACCCUUCUGUGUCAUCGACAUCAUGGUGUUGAUAGCGUCCAUCUCGGUCUUGGCGGCCGGGACUCAGGGGAACGUGUUUGCCACGUCUGCGAUUCGUUCUCUUCGGUUCCUUCAGAUCCUGAGGAUGAUCCGGAUGGAUCGACGGGGGGGAACCUGGAAACUGCUCGGAUCAGUGGUGUACGCCCACAGCAAGGAGUUGAUCACAGCCUGGUAUAUCGGCUUCUUGUGUCUCAUUCUCGCCAGUUUCCUCGUUUAUUUGGCAGAAAAAGAAGAUAACGUACAAUUUGAGACGUAUGCCGACGCCCUCUGGUGGGGACUGAUCACCUUAACAACCAUCGGUUAUGGAGACAAGUUCCCCAUCACCUGGAACGGUCGUCUUCUGGCUGCGGCCUUCACACUGAUCGGAGUGUCAUUCUUCGCUCUUCCUGCUGGGAUCCUGGGUUCUGGUUUUGCUCUGAAGGUUCAGGAGCAGCACCGACAGAAACACUUUGAGAAGAGACGAAACCCGGCGGCUGGACUCAUACAGGCGGCGUGGAGAGUUUACGCCACAAACCUGAGCCGAACUGAUCUGUCUUCAACCUGGGACUAUUACGAGAGGACCGUCUCCGUCCCCAUGUACAGGUUGAUCCCUCCUCUCAAUCAGCUCGAUCUCCUGAGGAACCUCAAGAACAAAUCAGGACUCUCAUUCAGGAAGGACGUCCAGCCUGAACCGUCUCCAAGUCAGAAGGUCAGUUUGAAGGAGAGGGUCUUCUCGUCUCCCCGCAGUUCAGUAACCAAAGGGAAAGGUUCUCCACAGCACGUUGUACCCGCUGUUACUCCUGGUUUGGGCUCUGGAGGUCCAGGGGUUCCAGGGGGAGUCCAGGCCCUGCGGCGGUCCCCCAGUAUGGAGCCCUGUCUGGAGGAGAGUCCUAGCAAGGUCCCAAAGAGCUGGAGUUUCGGAGAGCGCAGCAGAACCCGGCAGGCGUUCAGGAUCCGAGGAGCUGCAUCCCGCCAAAACUCUGAAGUGCUGAUAGAGAUGCAGGACGAAGAGUUCAGACAGAAGGGCUCCCCAGAUGCCAGUCUGCCGGGAGAAGACCUGGCCGACGACAACAAGAGCUGCCACUGUGAGUUUGUCCCUCAGGAUCUGACCCCGGGGUUAAAGGUCACCAUCAGAGCCAUCUGCAUCAUGCGUUUCAUGGUGUCUAAGAGGAAGUUCAAGGAGAGCCUUCGUCCCUAUGAUGUCAUGGACGUAAUCGAACAGUAUUCAGCUGGUCACCUGGACAUGCUGGCCCGCAUCAAGAAUCUCCAGUCAAGAGUGGAUCAGAUAGUCGGCAGAGGAACACCAACUGCAGACAAAGACCGCCCUAAAGCAGCUGGCGAGGAGCUUCCCGAGGAUCCGAGCAUGAUGGGACGGCUGGGGAAGGUGGAGAAGCAGGUGCUGUCCAUGGAGAGAAAGUUGGACUUCCUGGUCAACAUCUACAUCCAGCGAAUGGGAAUCCCUCAGGCCGAGACCGACGCCUACUUUGCAUCCAAGGAACCGGACCCAGCGCCUCCCUACCACAGUCCGGUGGAUCAGAUGGAGAAGAGCCAGUCAGUCUCCAAAAUGCAGGUGUUGCCUAGCGACCAUGUGGAGAAGACUCGUGUUGUGACGAAGAUGGUUCGCUCCAGCAGCUCCACAGCACACAGAAACCACAAUGCCCCCACUUGUCCUCCCUCCACCUCCUGGCAGCCAUUAAGCUCCCAGCUCCCCCAGCAGGCUCCACCCCCUCCACAGCGUUGCCAGGGCAGCACACCGAGUCCAGUGGGAGACGGGUCACUGGUUCGACUCCCACCUCCUCCGGCCGGAGAGAGACACAGCGGGAACCGAUCAAACCGGCAGAGCACUGGAGAGCGGGGGCUGGCAGAGAGGGCAGAGAGGGGAGGAGACUGGGGAGGAGCAGGAGCAGGAGAAGGAGGGGAGGAGGUGAAGCUGGACAGCGAUGCCUCCAUCUCCAUCCCAUCCGUGGACCAUGAGGAGCUGGAGCGCUCCUUCAGCGGCUUCUCCAUCUCCCAGUCCAGAGAGAACCUGGACUUCCUCAACAACAGCUUCUACACAUCCACCAACCAGGGAGACCACCGAGGAGGAGGAGGAGGAGGCGGCGGCGGCGGCGCCCUCCCCCUCCGAGCUGCUGUCCGACCCUACAUUGCAGAGGGCGAGUCCGACUCGGACUCUGAGCUCUGUGCCCCUUCGCCGCACUCGGACCGAGCGUGGACUGGAACCAAGUAGAGCUGAAUGUAAACUGGAGCAAAACCAGCAGAACCUUUAAAAGUAACUGAAAUGUGAAUAUAAACUAUGAAACUGAGUAAAACGUGUUAACUUUUAACACCAGCUGGAGGUUCAGAGUGAUGCAUCGUGGCAAAAGCAGGCGUCACCGUGUUUUUCUUUGUGUGAAUGUACAGCAAAUGUUUGUCAGUUCCGUCACUGGUUGGAUCACUGCCGUGACAUGCUUGCACCUGAUUGGUUCAAUGCCGUGACACGCUUGUACCUGAUUGUUGCUUGUGUCCAUAUUACGACAGGUAUUUACAGUAUUAUCAGCAGCUCACUGAACAAUUGAUUUAUUACGUUUCAAAGCCUUUACACCAAGAUUCAAGGGAACCACCAUGAGAUCAGACACAGCUGUUGUGCACUUCCUGUCCAGAUGUCAUACUUGUUCAGUGUUGUUUUAUCAUGAUUAUUUUUUACCACAUUAAUCAAGUUAUAGACCCAAAGAAGACCACAAAUCUGUCUCUGAAUGAUGUGUUGCUGGGUAAUUAACACGACCUCCAAGAUCGUGUUUGUGGAAAUUUUAUGAGACAACCCUCAAUCACCUGAUGGCCAGGCUUCCCGGUCACAGUUGCUACGCUGUGAUUGGACAGUCACUCUUCAGAGGGAGGGGCUUUAGUAUGACUCCAAUGGUGACGUAAGCUGUGUUAAAAAAAACCCCAUCAAAGUGAUCAUUUAAAAAGCUCCCACUCACAAUCAUGAUAUUUCAAAUAUAGGCUAUGAUGUAAUCACAACUUGAUUAUUUUAGAAUUAAUAUUUAUAUUAUAUCAUUCAUUAGCAUAAUAUUGAAGACAAAAUGUUUGAAAGGAAGAAUUUAUUUGAAUCAGUUACAGAAUCUGUCCAGCAGAGGACAAUUGCUAAAGGAAGCCAUAAUAAGUCAAGCUUACCAACAUAACUUUACAGUAUACUGUAUUUUGCUUCCUGUUUAUGAGUGGAGAUAAAAAGGUCAGCUGAUCAAUCAGCGCUCCUUUGAUUGGUUGAUGGAAGUGACUCAUUCACUGACCUACUGCCUGCUCCUUAACUCAUUAUUUACUGUUUCCAUGGAAACAUCAUUCCUUCCGGACAAAGAAGUUUUUCCGAGAAUAAUUUUUCUGUUUAAAUCUUUUUAACUUCUGGUUUAAUGGUCAAAUAUCCUCAUAAUAUUUAAAUAUUAUCACACGUUUUUAAUAGUAACCUACAAUCAGUUCAAGCGGACUUUAUUUAAUUUAAAGCCCUUUAAAUGUUUUCUGGAACAAAAGUGGAACGAAAACAAAUCUGUGUUUCUCUUGUUUCUGAAGCUUCGAUUUAAAUCAUAAACUGAAUCUGUGCAUUAAUGUUUUACUGUUUGCUUCUAUUUCAAAGUCAAUAAAAAAACCCUUCAUCACUCA